CCGUCACAACGCUCCGGACCACGUACAGCGGUGCAUCAGCCGUCGUAGCCCCGGAAUACCUGCCAUUGGACACUCUCGAGCCGCACAGUCGCAGUCGCAAGCCCUCGCACGACCGCUCAGCAUGUCUACCUCCGUCGGUGUCAACGUCCUCCGAUGGUCCGCCCUGGCCACCGGUCUCUUCUACGGCGCCUACACGCAGUUGUCGAUAUCAGCGCGCGAGAAGGCGCAGGCCGAGCAGAAGGCGUACAGCCACAAGGAGUCGUUGAUCAGGCAGGCCAAGCAGGAGUGGGCAAAGACACAUCCCCAAGAGCAGCCCAAGGCCUCAUCUGGCGCCAAGGCAGACCCCAAGGACCCCAACGCCGACUUGAACACAAUCCUCGGAAUCACAGACGAGAAAUGAGCGCCUGAGACGUAGAACGUAGAAGGUCCCUUCUCUCCCUUUAGCAUGGACAUAAUGGUCGCCCGACGGAAGCCAAGAGGCGAGGUGCGGAAAAGCAGUCGAUAGUCGAUAGUCGAUAGUCUGGUGCGAGAUACCAACCUCUGGUGUUGUGUACCAUCUGUACAGUAUAGACGACGGUUGGUCGCGUUUUCAAUAUACAUGCUUACUUUCAGCCUCACAUGAUUUGCGAGCCC